GUCUAUUAUCUCGAAUAUUUACUCUUCAAUUAGAAGAAAUGGAUGCAAACAAAACGUUGGAAAGUAAAAUAGAAUUAUUGCUGCAUUUAUUAGAAAAAGGAAAGGAGGUUCACGAUGACGCUAUUUUACACAUGUUUAUAGAUAGCCUCAAAGUGAAUGUUACACAAGAAACUGACAAAAUACUUCCGGUGCUGUUUAAUUUUUUUAAUAACAUCGCCAGCAGAACAUCAGAAUGUCAAGAUGGACAGGCAGCCAUUGUUGCUCUACAGAUUGCCACCUGGCUGGCAAGUUCAAACCCUGGUUCCCAAACUCUUUUGCCAGUUGCAUGGCCCCAUGUCGUGGAUCUCGUUAGCAAGUUUUGGAGUUGGCUUCCAAGUAUCACAAGUGAUGUCUCCGUACUGACUGCCUUAUAUUGUUGCUGCAAGGAAAUGAGCCAUCAUGUGGAUGGAUUGCAGUUCUUUGCAAAUAAAGAGACUGAAAUAAUUCAGAAUUGCAUAAGUACAACUGAGUCAGGGCUGUUUUUGAGGAGUGCAAAAUGCAAGUUUUCAGCGGAACUGAUUGUAAACGCGAUGGAAGAAAGCGAUUAUUGUGGUUUUGGAAGCAGAUUGCUUGAGAAGAUUGUAGACAAACUGCGUGGGAACAAGAUACAAGCUGAAAAAUGUGGCCAGAGCGCAUCCCAGGUAGCAGAAUCCUUGAAGGACAUGUGUUCAAUACUUUCCUCUGUGUGUGGGCGGUCUGAACCAGCAUGCACAUAUAUUGUCAGCCAUGACACAUUCCUUGCCAAUCUGAUGUCAUGGAGAUUCACAGAGAACAUGGCAUGCUUUUCAGCGGUAUCAGAUGUCCUGGCUUUACUGAUAGACAAAAACCUUCCUGAGGUUCAGCAAGCAGUGUCAGCUCUUCUGUCUAACCUCUGCAUUGAAGGAUCUGUACAGAAAAGUUUGCUGUUAGCAAAAGUUUGCAUUGGAAAUAGACAAUCUCACCUUUCCUUAUCUGCUAAAUCCGUAUUCAUGCAACCAUUAAGGUUCUUUGCUAAUGAAGAAUGGAUGAAGACAUUUGGGCCGGCAGUGAAUGAGAAAAAGCCGCAGUGUGAUGAGAUGGAAAAUUCAGAAAAUGGCACUAUUUUGCCAUGUUUCAAGAAUGAUUUUCUGAUCUCUCUUCUGAAUAAGAAGACAUUAUGGUCUCACCUUAUGUGUGUUUGUAUUGGAAAAGCAGCCAAUUAUGAAGUUGAUUUGCAUAAAGAAAUUGGCAAGCUGUUAAAGAGAACGGUAAAGCCUUUUUCCACAGAGACUCUCGCCAGUCAGCGGUGUUUUGUUAACAACGAGAAGCUGCAGUCUGAAUGCCUGAAGUACUUCCUCCACAACAAGAAAGCUCUCGGUUUGCCUUUUUUCUUGGAUUUGGUAUCUUCCGUCGAGACCAUUCUGCAAAGUGGGCGGCUGGACACAGUGGUACACAAAGCAUGCAUGGAUUGCCUUACAAAAUGGCUACCGGAAGUCCUUGCAAAGACAGAAAAUCAAGAAGCCUUGGACAGCAUCUCGGGUCAUUUGCAGUGUCAUCUAUCGGCUGUCUGCUGGGAAGUCAGAGACACCGCGCUGGAAUUCAUCGGACGUCUACUUCAGGAAUACCCUGAAGACUCCAAUAUCCAUGACUGGUUGACGAGUCAUUGCCUGCACACACAAGUGUGGCUGUCACUAGAAGACGGAGAAAGUUAUGUGCGCGGAGCAGCCCUUACGUCGUUGUCACAAAUUGUCCAAAUUGACAACAUUUGCUCCUCUCUACGCAGUCAGCUUGGACUUAGUUUGGAAGAUAUAAUAGCAAAGGUUGCAGAGGUUCUUCACACAGACAGUGAAGGAUUUGCAAGAAGAGCGGCAGUGAAAUGCUUUGUGGAUUGGUCAAAGUUAACAUGGUUCUCUGCUGAUGCCAAAUCUGAAAUAAGAACCUACAUAUUAAGAGCAAAAGACGACUUCGAUUGGGAGGUAAAAUGUUCGUUGUUGGACUAUGUAGAUAAUUGGUUAGCAUCUGAGACGCUUGGUUGGCUAAAUGAACAUCUACCAGGCGUUGCGAGGGUCAUUUCAUUUGAUCAAGAUGUGGAGCGUUGUUUUGUAAGCAUUGGUCAGUUUGACAGAAUGUGUGAAGAUGGCCUCGUUGAUGUUUUGAUUCACUGCUUGAAAGACUAUGACGAUAAAGUAACUGAAAAGGCUUCAUUGUUGAUCAAUAAACUUGUAUCUAGCAUAGCGUGCGAUAUUUCGAAUCUCGACAUUGAAGUGUUGGGCGGAGUAACAGAUAUCACAGGUGGGGAUGACAUAAGGCACGUUAAGGCAACUACAAAUGAGAAUGCAGCAAAUGAGCAAACAAAACAACGAGUUGACGCCAAGACGGGUUUGUCUGCUUCAAAUUAUCCCGAUCUCUGGAAACAAUUACUGGGGGCAUAUUUGUCAAUUGCUGCUACAAAACAUCAGGCGGAUCCAAAGGAGCACUUACUCAGCAUUGUUGAUGACAUUAUAUCUUCUUUAGACAGAACUGCGAACGAUAGUGAUGAUGAGAAUAAUGCGGUUGAUUGCUACUAGUUAUCGACAUUGUAGUUUAGUAGUCGGUUUGUAGUUAAAUAAAAUAUUAUUUUUAAUGA